UUCAACAAUGCCAGAACGCACGGUAGUUCUUCUUCGUACGAGUCGGUGGUUGACCCUCUAUCCGUGGAAAUGUCAUUCCGUGCUCGUUGCUUUGCGCUUUCUGCACUUUUGCUGCUACUGAUCCCGUUUGCAGCAGCUCAUCCUUCAACCGAACUCCGACGGGCGCGCUUCAAUCAACCGGCCGCAGGUUCACCGGCCCUGCGCACGCUCGGCACGCUCGGUAUCCUUUUCGGUGCCAUCGAAGCGGAGACCGCGAUAGAGCGACGCCUUGAGCGGCUAAUGCGCGAGCUGGCCGAGUCACCGGCAGGCCAGCGGGAACGGCUGGAGCGUACCAUCGCCGGGACGUUGCAGCGGGGUGAGAUUGCGCUGGAAAUUCUUGGCACGGGGCUAGAGCUGGCCGCCUCCCGCCAGCCAGACGUGUCGCUCGGUUACUUUAGACGGGAGCUGGACGCACGCACCCAGGAAAUACUGUCAACGGGGCUGACGGCACGGAGCGGUGUGAAUCCGGCCAGUCACAACACUUCCACCGAUGCGCCAGGGCACGUCAAGCGGCAGGUCGAUCAGCAGCUGGCGGUGAUGCGCUGCCAGCUUGCCGUCCAGCUCAAGCGGAUUGUGCGCAAUCUUGGCGACUCGCACAGCCUCCUGGCGACGAACCUGGCCACCUCACUGGGCAGUGAGCUGAUACAGCGGCUGCUGCUUCAGGCACUCCCGAAGCCCGUCCGAUUCGAGGAGCUCGUGGCAGGCGGGCUGAAGCACCAUGCGGAGAGCAUUCUGCGCCGGCAGACGCGACAGGACGAGAAGGCACCGGACACGAACGAGAUCGCGGUAUCGGUCGAUGCGUCGCCAGACGCGUCCGAGUCCAUGGAGUCCGAGGAGGAGGAAGGUCCGGGCGGACUGGUUGGACUGAUUGCGAGCCUGAGCGGGGGCGACGAAGGCUCGGAUGUCGGUGCCCUGAUCGGUUCCCUGUCCGCCGUCGUCACAAACCUUUUCGGGCCUGGCGGCUUGGAUGUGCCGGGACUGCUUGGAACGGGCACUUCGCUGAUUGCCGGCCUGCUCGGUGGCGAUGACAAUUUCGGCAAGGUACUCGGCAGUUACGUCGGCAUUGCAAUUGAGGGUCUCUCCGGUGGUGGUGCGGACAUGAACGGUGCGUUCUUUGGCAACUUUCUCGGUGCACUUAUCGCUGCCCUCAGCUCGGACCCGGAGGAUGAUAAUCUACCCCUGCGGCCGAAACUGUUCGUGGAAAACUUCUUCACCGGGCUGGAGGAAGCCAAACGCAAGACGGAUCCGAACGCGGAUGCGGAGCAGUGUUGCCAGCACAAGGGCGGUUCCGAUCUGUUCGCCUUUAUCGGAAAUAUCGUGUCAUCGGUCGUGGGAGGAAUCACCAGCCUCGUGCUGAAUGCAUCGCUCGGCUCGUCCGGCGGAUCCUCUCAGGGGUCGGCCGAUGCGUCCGGGGCCUCAUCGGCCGGCAGCAGCGGCUCGUCCGGCGAUCAUCCGGGGAUGUAGCGCACUGCCUGCAUCAAAGGUGUCAGAUGGCACAUAGCAAACUCCCAUCAUUGCGCAUGCAAGUGAAUGUCACGGUUUGUGCAAAGUUCACUUUGGCGCAAGAGAAUGUGAUGGUUGGUGUACAGCAUGCUUGAAGAGUUUGUUGCGAUGCUUGAAGUGCGCAUUGCCCGUUUUUAUUACCGAGCUGUACACGGAUUGGAAAGGAAACCCCUCCAACAGUUCGCCUCUAUGAAAAAUGGGAUACUGGUUGGUGCAUUUUAGAUUGUAUUGUAGAUGUACAGUAUAUUCAAAAUUGUGGAAAAUAAAAACAAUAUG